GGCAGCGCGGAACAGGCUGGGAAGUCCCAGCUGCUGGUCAUUCGCUCUGGCCGACCCAGAGGCCCCACCACGGAGGCCCAGCUCCGAGGGCCCGGCUUCCCCUGGCGGCCCCGACCUGCCUGGGGCCCGAUCUACUCGCUCAGCAGUCAGGGGAGAAGGUACACCCAGUGCUGGGGCCAAGCCCGGAGACAGAGGAGCUGACCAUGGUCAGGAAAGGCUGCUUGGUACUGAGGCUCGAAGGCGGCUCGAGAAGGUGGGGGUGAGGUCACUGCUGGCAGAAGGAAGAGCCUGUACAAAGGGACAGUGGUGCAGCCUGGCCCAAGGACACCUUGGAGGUGGGGGCACCCAUGCCCCUGGGCCACGAAAUCCAGGUCUAAACAGAAGGAGCCUCUUCCAGGGAGGGAUCCCUGAGCCUCCCUCUGAGCAGAAAUAGUUGGACCUGAUGGGCUGAAUGGGGCUUUCCUGCUGCCAACAUGUCGUUAUCACCGACAGUGACCUCCUGGCCAGAACCGCACAGCCCUGAGGAGUCUGAUAAGCUGCAGACCCCAGAGCAGGACACUCAGCAGGCGAGCAGUGGGGACAUGCCCAGCACCCACCGUGAGGACACUCGGCCCGGCCUGGGCACCCUUCGGCGGGCCUUCUCCAGGGCAGGCCGGCGGGCCUUGGGCCAGGUCCCCGGGGAGGACACUGGCCUGCUCCGACGCAGCUCCCACUUCCUGCGAUCCUUACGGCGCCCCCGGGAUGAUGGCCCGGCUGCUGCACCAGGGGGGGCCUGCGGCCCAGAGGGGCCCUCAGGCGUCACGGAUGGUGGCAGCCGGCCGUCAACCACUGGGGUGGGGCCUGAGGAACCAGGACAGGAGGAAGACCUGCAGUCAAGACAGCAACAUGAGGCCACCAGGCCCAGCUCAGCAGAGCUGGGAGCAGGGGAGGAGGUAGGGACCGAAAGCGGGGAGGGCAGGGCCUGCUCCCAGCUGCUGCUUUCAGCCAGGUUCCGGGCUUGGGGUUACCCCUCCUCCAGAGUGAUUCCGAGGGACGAUUCCCCGCAGGUGGGGGCCGUUGCUCCCGGAGCAGACCUUAGGGGAGCGCGGGGGCCAGGCGGCCCAGCUCCCGGUGGGCGAGAACGGGGCCCACAGGCCUUGGUUGGGGGCCGAGGUUCCGGCGCGGCACCCCCCACCGCCCUCUCCCUGCCUGUCCUUGCCAAAGGCAAAUCUGUGGCGGACCUCAUCACGGAGCGGCAGCUGCUGGCGGCCUUCGAGCAGCUGCGGCAGCUGGAGACGCGGCUCCUGGCGCAGAAAGCCUCGGGCACCUUCGAGCAGGACCCCACCGGCCUCGCGCGGCGCGCCAUGGACGUGUGCCUGCUCUACGACGGGCUGGCGGCGGAGAUCCGCGCCAUCGUGCGCGAGACGCUGGGCCCGGGCGGCGUGGACGCGGCCACGCUCGCCGAGCUGGCCCGCGUGGUGCGCGCCGAGGAGGAGGCCCACCCGGUGCCCCCCGCCGACGGCGACUUCCUGCUCACGCCGCGCCGCUGGCGGCGGCACUGGGAGGACGCGGUGGCGCGGAGCGCGCAGGAGCGCGUGCGGCAGGCGGGCGCUGGGGACGCCGCGGGGGCGGCCGAGGGCGCGUCGGGCCUGGCCCGGCUUCUGGCCGAGCUCGGCGGCUCGGUUCGCCGCGACCUGCGCAAGGUGCGGUUGCAGGUGCAGCCCGCCUACUCGGCCGCCGGCCUCCCGGCGUGGGAGGCCUACCUGCGCGCCUUCCACGGCGCGGUGGCCCAGCGCCUCCAGGAGCUCGCGCGCGACGCCCGGGGCUGCGAGCAGCUCUACGUCCUGCUGGACUGGACCGCCAAUGUCUACGGCAGUCCUGACUUCCUCGGUGCCCCGGACCUGACUCUGUCCACGGAGCCGCUGCCCCCACUCCUGGCACCCAGUGUGUGGGCGCGCCUGGAGAGCGACUACACCAGCUUCCUAGAGACCAAGAUCACAAGCUGCUUCGACAGCAUCCUGCAGCUGGAACAGAGCCGCUGGGUGGCCGCUGAGGCCCCCGAUGUGCUCCAGGGCCUCUACCACACGCCUCUGUCCAUCGACAUCCACAUGCUCGUGGCUGAGCAUGUGAAGGCGGCCGGUGCCAUCUCUGCAGAACUGGAGGCCACCACCCUGCGUAUCUGCGCGCGGGCACUCGGCCUCUUUCUGCCCAGGUUUGAAAAGGCUUUUCUACAGUCGGAGGCGGUGAGCGAACCUCAUCUGGGCGCCAGCAUCAACGCCUGCGAGGAGCUCAGGACCAGUCUUCUGGCCAGGUUCCCAGGAACCUUUGAGGAGCUGGAGAAACCUCUAGUGGCCGCCAUCUGUGUCUUCCAGAAGCGGCUGCUCCAAGCCUUGCAGUAUGAUGUGCAACCGCUUUUCAGGGUCCUGUGUACCAAGGCCUGGCUGACACACGACGUGCUGCAGCCCCUCAUGGACAAAGUGGUGGCCUUCGCCCAUCACCUGGAGCACGUGGCCCCACUGCGGGCACAGGAGACUCUGCAGGAGGCACACCGAUACGUGGUCCGUGAAUACCUGGCACAGGUGCUGAGUCCUCGUGAGCGGUUCCGCGGUGUCGAUCGCGUGACUGGCUCCCAGAAGAUGGGCCUGGACGCCCAGGCCAUUGGCAACACCUUCCAGGGCUUGGGCUCAGAGGCCACGUGGCUGGGCCAGGCUAUCCCAUGCGUCGCUGACAUUCUCGGCGAGACUUACAAGGACGACAUCGGGCGGCACCUGGAGACACUCAUCGGGAGCUACCCAGACAUCAGGCGCGACCACGUGCUGGCCAUUCUGGCGCUGCGCAGACUGGGCCGCCGUCGGAACCAGCGCCUCUUGCAGCGUGCCCAGGGCCUGCUGAGGGCUGCGGCCAGGGCAGAGGGCUCUGGGGCUGCUGGCGGCCGUGUGCUCUUCGAGGAGAUCCAAGUGCCUACCUCCGUGGACCUGCUGAUCACCUGCAUCUAAUGCUCCGGGUCUCGGAGGGGACGGGCCUCAGGUGGGGGGCCGCAUUAACUGAGGGGUCAGCACCUUCACGCAGGCAUCACCCAGACACUAAGCCCCAGGCUGGGAGUCUAGGGAGGCGCUCUCAGCCCUGCCCCCAACCUCGAAGCCCGUAAUCACAUGACGUUCGUCCUCAGCUGUGCGUGGUUGCUUACCAGAAGGAACAGCACGAAGAGAGGCAUUUCAGGCAUUUGUGGGAGAGUGUUUGGGGGUGGCGGAGGUUCCUUUCAAUACUGCCUCCCGGCCUAACGGUCCAGCACCACCCCCAGUCUGAAAGUGAAGCAGAGAGUAUUUAUUUUUAAAAUAAAGGUGAAUUAAAAUGGUGCCUCCCUAAAGAGGGGGCAGGGCCAA